AAAAUAUAAAAAGAAAAAGUAAUUCGUAGAGGAAGGCUCAUUUCUUCGCCGCAGUGGAUCAUUCAUCUGCCAACACCCUGGUGUUCGAGCUCAAACGCUUCAACCGCCCGCCACCUCCCCAAAACCAGAAGAACAAACAAGGCACGAACUUUCUGCUUCCUCUCUAUUGCAGAAGCCAAGCAAACUGUUGGGUCACGAUCUCUCUGUCACGGCAAAACCUUAGAUGGAGUCUUGUCACAAUGCUUAUUUGGGCAGUGGAUGAUGAAGAACCUUCUAUGAGCAAGGAUGAGGACGUGUUAGAGAGUUCCAAUGGGAAAGAGGCAGUCACAUAUGAGGGGAACUCAGAUACAGAACCAUUUGUGGGUAUGGAGUUUGAAUCUGAAGAGGCUGCCAAAGUGUUCUAUGAUGCAUAUGCAACACAGGUGGGCUUCAUUAUGCGAGUCGAUGCCUUCAGGAGAUCAAUGCGUGAUGGUAAGGUAGUUUGGCGGAGGCUUGUGUGUAACAAAGAGGGAUUUCGCAAGACCCGAGCCAAAAGAACCGAGAACAGGAAGCCUCGAGCAAUCACCAGAGAAGGGUGCAAAGCGAUGAUUGUGGUAAAGAAAGACAAAUCAGGAAAAUGGAUCGUAACACGAUUUAUAAAGGAGCAUAACCAUCCACUAGUAGGUACACCUGCAAAUGGUCGCCGCAGUAUGCUUCUAUCUCAAACACCAGACGAAAAAGAUCUGAAAAUUCGGGAGUUGACUGCUGAGUUGCAACGUGAGCGAAAGAGGUCUGCCACCUAUCAAGAACAGCUUGAUAUGGUUUUGAGGGAGAUGGAAGAACAUUCCAAUCACUUGUCGAGAAACAUUGACGGUAUAGUCCAGAGCGUGAAAGAAAUUGAAUCAAAGAGGGUAGCACCUUGAAACGGUUAAAAGGCUGCUUGAUUGGUUCAGCUCCUUGCGAGACUUAAUUUGCAAAUGUGGGUCUGGCUAGUUGGUCAAGAGAGUGUGUCUGCCUCUUGUAUUUGAGUUCAAAUCCCCCUCCCCAUAGAUUAGAUAAGAGCAGUUUAGAUUGUCGUCUUGUUCAAAAAAAAAAAAAAAAAAAAACAGAGAAAAACUGAAAAUCUCAGUUUUCGGUUGAGCAGAAACUGAAUUAUCCUGUAGUUUUCGUUCUUUGUUUUUUGUUUUUUUUUCCGGUUGAUUUACCCUUAGGUUGUACAAAUAGCAUACGUAUAAGUAGCAAGAUCUUCUAACUCCAUAA